AUGCCGUCAACGAGUUGGCAAAAGUUUGUGCUGUUACUCUGGAAAAACUGGACCAUCCAGAAGCGCCACUACGUGCAGACGGCGUUCGAGAUCGUGAUCCCGGUGUUGGCCUGCUCGCUGCUGAUUCUGGUCCGCGGUCUCGUCACACCAACCGUUUACAGCCAGCCCACGUCCUUCGCCAGCUUGAAUGUGGAAAGUUUGGCCAUGAUUCGCGAGAUGGUGACGAACGAUCCGAUCGGGCUGAAAAUUGUCUACUCACCGCGCAAUGACGUGUUCGCCGCGGUCGUUGGGCGGGCGGCCAGAAUGCUCGGUACGGAUGUGCUCAAGGAAGGGUUCAGCACCGCCGAAGCCAUGCACAAGACGCUCGUCACGCAUAAUUACCUCGCCGGAGUGGAAUUCGGCGAUGAGCUCCGUAACAUCACUUCGUUGCCCGAGCAGCUGACCGUUGCGCUGCGGUUUCCGAGCGAAAUGCGAACCACGACACUGCCGGGUGCCCAGUUUUGGGCCAACUGGCGCACGUUCCUGAUAUUCCCACAGUUUCAGGUGUACGGCGCGAGAAACAUUAACGCGAGCGACGGUGGCUAUCCGGCCAACUACUACGCCGAAGGAUUUGCCUCCGUCCAGAAUGCGAUCAGCCGUGCGGUGCUGGAGGUGCGCCAAGGCAGCAGCGGUGCCAGUAACGUGACGCUACCCAAAGUCCAGCUCAAACGCUUCCCGUAUCCGGCGUACUACGAUGAUCCGCUGCUGCGUGGCUUGGAGAAUCUGUUUCCCUCCAUCGUGAUGGUGGCGUUCUUCUACUCGUGCAUCAAUACGGUCAAAUUUAUUACGCUCGAGAAGGAACGGCAGCUCAAGGAAUCGAUGAAGGUGAUGGGUCUCGACGGCUGGAUCCACUGGGUGGCGUGGUUCGUGCGGACCCUCGCCCUGCUGACGGUGUCGAUCAGUCUUAUCACGGUGCUGCUGAGCUUCAGCCUGACCACCAACACGAAGGUGGCCAUCUUUCAGUUUUCCAACCGAUUUCUGAUCUGGUUGUUUUUCCUUGUGUACGGCAUCACAACGAUCGCACUCUGCUUCAUGCUGAGCACGUUCUUUUCGAAAGCGAACAUUGCGUCCGGAAUCGCCGGCAUCGUGUGGUUCUAUUCGUUGACUCCGUUUCAGCUCACGUUCGGCAACUACGAUCGCAUGUCACUCGCUGCCAAGCUGGCCAUGAGCCUGUGGAGCAACACGGCCAUGGGUUACGGGGUGAUGCUGUUCAUGAAGCACGAAGGAACGGCCACCGGGCUGCAGUGGUCGAAUCUGUUUACCCCGGUCACCGUUGACGAUCGGCUAACGAUGGGCCACGUGCUCGGCAUGCUACUGUUCGACGGGCUAGUCUAUCUAGCGGUGGCUCUCUACGUCGAACAGAUAGCCCCCGGACAGUUUGGUGUGCCCCGAAGGUGGAACUUUCCCUUCACCAAGAGUUUCUGGUGCGACGAAGUGUUUAAUCGCGUUUCGACGAGCACCGGAACUGCGGGUGGCGUAAGUGAACGAACGAAACUACAUUCACCGCCGCCACCAGUCACCGACCGAAUCUAUGCGGGCAAUAUGGAGGAAGAACCCACCGACAAAGCAGUCGGAAUAGCGACGGUCGGUUUGAGGAAAGUGUUCGAAACUGGCAAACAAGCUUCGCAGCGCCGAGAAGCAGUGCGCGGAUUGACCGUCAAUUUUUUUCGCGAUCAAAUCACUGUCCUGCUCGGCCACAAUGGCGCGGGCAAGACGACCACGAUAGCCAUGCUGACCGGCACGUACGCACCGACGGCCGGUGUGGCCAUGGUCGAUGGGCACCAGCUUGGUCAUGGGGCGCAGGCCUUUCGCAACACACUCGGUUUCUGUCCCCAGCACAACGUCCUGUUCGAUGAGCUAACCGUGGCCGAACACAUUCGUUUCUUCGCCCAACUGAAGGGUGUCCAGGGCGAGGACCGGCUUGAGGCCGAGGUAGUCCGAUAUCUGGGAGCCUUGGGUCUGGAGCAGAAACGUGAAGCUCAAUCGCACACCCUGUCCGGGGGCAUGAAACGCAAACUAUCGCUAGCGGUGGCCCUGUGUGGUGGGUCGAGGAUCGUGUUCUGCGACGAGCCAACAUCCGGGAUGGAUCCGGGCGCACGGCGAACGGUGUGGGAGUUGCUGCAGCGCGAAAAGCGCAACCGUACGAUCGUUCUGUCGACGCACUUUAUGGACGAGGCCGAUGUGCUCGGUGAUCGGGUCGCGGUCAUGUGUGACGGGGAAUUGCGGGCCGUCGGGACACCGUUCUAUUUGAAGAAACGGUUCGGGGCCGGAUACCGCUUGAUUUGUGUCAAGCGGCCCGACUGCCAACCGGAGCUGCUGACGGAGCUGUUGGGUCGCUUCGUGCCGGAUGUGCGACUUGAAUCGGAUAUCGGGACGGAGCUGAGUUUUCGAUUACCCGAGCAGCACCGUGGUGCAUUUCAACCGGCACUGGAAGCACUGGAACGGAACGUCGAUCGGUGCGGAAUUUCAAGCUACGGAAUAGCGCUUUCCACGAUGGAGGAAGUUUUCAUGCGACUCGGAAGUGAUGAAACGGGUGCCGAGGGUCGGAAAGUACGAUCCCACACGAAUGGUGCUGCUCCACCGCUGAUUACGAUCACCGAAUCGUACGAGCUGCAGACUGGGCUCGAACUGCGCCACAGUCAGAUUGUGGCAAUGCUGAGCAAAAAGUACCUCAGCUUCAUUCGGUCGUGGAAGAUCUCUACGCUGCAGGUGCUACUGCCGAUGGCGUUUGUGUUGCUGGUGAUCGCGAUCGUACGGUUUUUUCCCAACAACGUCGUUUUGCCUCCGCUGGACAUUAGCCUAGCGAGCUACGAACGCACCAGCACCGUACUUUCCACUAGCGAGCGGAACGCCUCGAUCGCCACGGCGUACUACGAAGUGAUCCGAGAAGCUUCCCAGCGGGCGCCGCGUGAUCGUCAUGAGCUGAUCGUAACCGAUCGCAACUUUACGGAGUAUAUCAUCGAGAGGGCGGUCGAAAGUGUUCGCAUCGUGGACAAUACGUUCAUGAUCGGUUGCAGCCUGGAUGGCCCCGAUCGGUACACGGCGUGGUUCAACAAUAAAGCAUACCACACGGCACCACUUUCACUGGCCGUGUUGUAUAACGCUAUCGGCCGGACACUGUGCCCGAACUGCAGCCUGGCAGUGGUGAACAAACCGCUACCGUACAGUAGCAGCGUGCGGUUUCUGCGCACCCAGGCCGCCAGCAACCUGGGCUUUCAGCUGGCCUUCAAUACGGGCUUUGCGAUGGCGUUCGUCGGUGCACUCUACAUCCUGUACUACGUCCGGGAGCGGUCGUCCGGCUCGAAGCUGCUCCAGUUUGUGAGUGGCGUUGAACCGGUCACCUUUUGGGGCGUUUCGUUUCUGUUCGACUUUGCCGUGUACUGUGGCGCGAUGUGCCUCUAUCUAGGGACGCUGGCCAUCUUCCAGGAAGAAGGCUGGUCAACACCGGCCGAACUCGGGCGAGUAGCGCUGGUGUUUCUGUGCUUCGGGUUGGCCGUCAUCCCGUUCACUUACCUCGGUGCGUACUGCUUCGAUGUACCGUCGACCGGGUUCAUCAAGAUGCUCAUCUUCAACAUCUUCACCGGUACCGUCCUCUUCACGGCGGUAUUUCUGCUCAAGGUGAAAGACUUCGAUUUGCGCCACGUGGCCGAAACGCUCGAGUGGAUCUACAUGGUGUUCCCGUUGUUCGCCCUGAGCCAUAGUUUGAACAACAUCAACGUGAUGGAAACGACGCGCCAGAUCUGUGACGCGUACUGCGACGCGAUGCCCUUCUGUACGCCCCAGUUGGCGUGCAAAUUUAACGAGCUUUGCUGUGAUGUGGACAUUUUUUCCUUCAGCGCCCGAGGCAUCAGUCGCAACCUGGUGUAUCUGAUCGCGAUCGCACUCAUUUCAUUCGCGGCGCUUUUGUUGAAAGAGUAUCGACUUCUGGAUGGCAUCAAUCCUCGCCGAAUCAGCUGCUAUUUGGCAGACCGGCGGCGCAAUCUAGCCCCCGAAGGUGGUAGUACAGCUGAAACGGAAACGAUUGCCAUAGGGGAGGACACUGAUGUGGCCGACGAACGGGCCCGCGUGGAAAGCUUCACCGGUCCGGGAUCGGCUUUGUUGGCGGUGCGCGAGCUAAGCAAACGGUACGGCCGCUCGCUGGUGGCCGUCGAUCGAAUAACUUUUGCGGUCGGUGAUCGUGAGUGUUUCGGGUUACUCGGUGUCAACGGUGCCGGGAAAACGUCCACCUUCCGCAUGCUAACCGGAGACUGUCGUCCGACGCGCGGUGACGCGUGGGUCGGAGGCUACGCACUGCGCACACAGCUGCAGGCCGUUUAUCGGCGGAUCGGUUACUGUCCCCAGUUCGACGCGCUGCUCGACGAUCUGACGGGACGUGAAACGCUGCACAUGUACGCGCGGUUGCGCGGCAUCCCGCGCCGCUCGAUUGCGGCCACCAUCGAGCGGUUAGCGAUCGAGCUGCACUUUGGGGUCCACCUCGACAAACGCAUCGACGCAUACAGUGGUGGCACUCGGCGGAAACUUAGUACGGCCGUGGCACUGCUCGGCGAGCCGUCCGUCGUGUACCUGGACGAGCCGACCACCGGCAUGGAUCCGGGUGCGAAGCGACACUUCUGGAACGUGAUGUGUCGGGUGCGCGCCGAAGGUCGAACCGCGCUCGUGCUCACAUCGCACAGUAUGGACGAGUGCGAGGCGCUCUGCACCCGGCUGGCCAUCAUGGUGAAUGGGACGUUCCGGUGCCUCGGAUCGUCGCAGCAUCUCAAGAACAAAUUCUCGCACGGGUACUUCCUGACCGUGAAACUGAGGCGCACCUACACGGACGAAGAAAGCCAAGCGAACAAACGGGCGAUUAAAGGGUUCCUGGAGGACACAUUCGGCGAAGGGGCCCUGUUGAAGGAAGAGUACCACAAUUACCUCACAUACCACAUCGUCGACACGACCCGCCGGUGGUCCGAGAUGUUUGGCUUGUUGGAGCGAGCGCACGACCAACUGUGGCUCGAAGACUACAGCCUCGGCCAGACGUCCCUGGAGCAGGUGUUUCUUACGCUGACCGCCAGCCAGCGGCCCAGUCUCGAUGAAGCCUAA